UUACUAUAUUGGAAAACGCCCCCUCUUUUGUUUCAAAAAAUUCAUACUUUCGUAUCACUACGGAUCACUGUGAUUACUAUCAGCUUAGAGAAGGCCUACAGGAUUUGAAGGUCAUCACAAAAAUUUUCUCAAAAAUUGGGAGGAGAUUAGACAUCCAUUGACAAGAGAAUGAAGACCAUCCCUUUGAUUCUGAUGGGCUGCGGCGGUGUUGGCCGUCAGCUCCUUCACCACAUCGUAUCCUGCCGACCACUUCACGCUAAACAGGGGGUCCACUUGCGGGUUAUAGGGGUUGGUGAUAGUAGAUCACUAGUUGUUGCAUCUGAUGUACUCACAACCGAGUUAAAUGACAAGAUUUUAUUGGAAACUUGCCGUAUCAAGUUGGGCGGUGGCUCUUUAUCCGAUCUUAGUAAUUUUGGUGAGAGAAAACUAUUCUUGAACACAGAAGCGACUAAAAAAGUCAUUGAUAUUGCGACUCUUCUUGGUAAAUCGACAGGUCUCACCUGUGUUGAUUGCUCUGCCAGUUCUGACACUGUUAAUCUGUUAAAGCAAGUGGUUGACUUGGGUUGUUGCAUUGUCUUGGCAAAUAAGAAGCCUUUGACUUCUACAAUCGAGGAUUUUAACAAACUGAUUAUGCACCCUCGUCGUAUUCGACAUGAAUCAACUGUUGGUGCUGGCCUUCCUGUUAUAGCUUCCUUAACUCGUAUCCUAUCUUCUGGAGAUCCUGUCCAUCACAUCAUUGGGAGUUUGAGUGGUACACUUGGGUACAUAAUGAGCGAAGUUGAAGAAGGAAAGCCUUUGAGCCAAGUUGUUAAAGUUGCUAAAAGCCUAGGCUACACAGAACCAGAUCCACGUGAUGACCUCAGUGGUAUGGAUGUUGCAAGAAAGGCUCUGAUACUUGCUCGACUUCUUGGACAGCAGAUCAACUUGAGUGAUAUUAAGGUUGAAAGCUUGUUUCCAAAAGAAAUGGGACCUGAUGUUAUGCCUAUUAACGACUUCUUAGACAGUGGAGUUUUAGCUCUAGACAGUGACAUUCAGGAGAGAGUUACCAAGGCUUCCUCAAGAGGAAAUGUGUUACGUUAUGCCUGUGUGAUUGAAAGCUCGAGCUCAAGGUGUGAAGUUGGACUUCAAGAGUUUCCCAAAGAUUCUCCAUUGGGAAGAUUGAAAGGAAGUGACAAUGUGCUGGUGGUAUACAGCCGAUGCUACAACGAACGACCUCUUGUCAUUCAAGGCGCUGGGGCGGGUAAUGACACGACAGCAGCUGGUGUCUUAGCUGAUAUCCUUGACCUUCAGGAUUUAUUUUGAAGGGAUAUCUGUGUCUACUUGGAUGAACCCUGAAGUUAAAAGCUCCAUUUUUUGCAGUGGGAGUUCGUUUCCCCAACAAAUGACCUGUGGUUCUCUUUCAAUUCAAGAAUGCUGGAGGAACUUAGGAUUGCAAAUUUUGUAAGAAAUAUUGUUGGUGAAACUUUUGGUUUGGAACCUGCUGUUUCAGCCAUUCGGCACUGAGAAUUUGAUGAGUUAAAACUUUACAAAUUACUUAGGAAAUAGUAUCAAAAUUCUUGAUUCAAUGUGUAAUGAAGCUUGUUUUAGUUCAAACAAGGGUUGAGGGUGGAUGGUUUAUUAUUAUUGGCAUGAAUAAAAGUAUUUGCAAAGGGUAAUACUUUCGAUUAUAACAA